CGAAAACUGAGUGACAGAGGGGGGAGGGACGGCGAAGAGGGGCGACAGCGUUCACUCAGCCCGGCACACCUGCAUGACAGCUCCGCGCAGCCUCGUGCCGCUGGCGACCAGAGCGUUUGCCACCGGCGCGAAAUCGGAUUAAUGAAUAUGAAGUCAGAAUGUUGAAAAACGACCCCCGAAAAGGAGGACAAUCCUUACGGGACGCGCACGUUCGCUGACACUUUUUUUGGGGGGGAUAAAUUCACCAACAAUUUAUUAUUUUUUAAAUCGCGUUUGAGGUGCUGCGUUUUACUUACAGUUGCUCGAUUCUUGAGGAUGGAUCUGGGAGCGGUGAUCCGCGCGCUGAGAUAAGGGCGAUCCCUCCCCUAACGGACUGCGUUUCAGGAACCUCAACCGAACCGAACUACGGGCAUCUGCAUCCCGCCCUCUCCGUGUCGCGCGCUCAGGAGAUAGCUGCUAAUUCUGGACGAAGGAUGCUCUCGAUUUUUUUUUUUACGCCUCGAAAUAUUAAUGGACUACCUUGGUCUCCCUCCUCCAAGUGCAUAUUAGUAUAGAAGGGAUGCACACACACAGAGAGACACGCACACGCACGCACACACAGCUGGCACACAGCCAUACACUGAAGAACACGCUUAUCGCAAAUAACCUGCCCUUGCCGUCUGAGGAAUGUAUACCCACACACAGUUUUUUUCAACUGGGUUGGUUGCAACUUAAUAGGAUUACAGCCUAAAUUUCAAGUUCACUGCGUCUCAAUGGCUUUUCGUGUGGGUUUAUAGAUAUAAUUACCGCACAACGUUAGCUCUGUGCACAAUUACGCAUUUUAAUAAUUUGCCGAUUUAGCCUACGUAUUUUGUUUUUUAAUCUCUGUUUGGGUUUGCGAUUGUAUUAAGUAAUCUUGUCAUCAUUAUUUACUUCAACAUUAACCGUUUCCUCGCUCGCUCGCUCAUACUUUUUAGGCAUAAUAUAAUAAUAAUAAUUAAAACAAUACGUCCAAAACAUGAGAGAAUUUAGCCUCGGAAGAGAUUCUGUAGGUUACCGAGGAAACGGCAGCGGGAUUACGGUUCAGUUUUGGGAUUGUGAAAGGGUAGAGGGCAGGGGAGCCGGUGAAAAAGACCAAGGAGAGGCCGAAAAUACGGAGUUCUCAGCGGGACUGCCUGCCACGGAACAGCCGCUGCUGGUGCCGGAGAGCGUGGCUGGGUGUCGGUGGAGGAAAGAACCGAAUAUUCGCGAGGAAUUAUAACAGUAACAGGAAAACUUUUAAGAAACAUACAAUCUGUAAGAUAUUUUUUAUUGUUAUCAUUUUUAAAUACAAGUAACUUCCUUUUAAGAGGAGUCAACAUUAUUUUAAAUACAAUGUAUAUAUAGGCCUAUGAUGUGCUAGAUAACCCUUGCAAAUAUAUUCAAUGUAUUACCUUUAUGGGUAAAUGGAGAUUAGACGAAUUAAAGAUGUUUUAAGUUUCCUUUAUCCUACAUUUUAACAUCACUGUAGUGUAUGGCAUGAAGGAAUUGCUGUCUACGCAUUUAGAAAUGUGAACAGAUUUGAAAUUUCAGACUGAAAUUAAGCCGAAAACUAAACUACUUACCUUGCAAACCGCAUAUGGUGCCGAGACUUUGGACUUGGAACCACAAGUAAUAAUCGACUACCUUUGCUGAAAAGGCAAUUUCAAUAUUAAGUGAAACGAGCGCCGCUGGUUUCAUAACUGAAAUGCCUGCAGGAACUUGAGAUAAUUUUUUCCCCCUGCGUGAUUCAUACAAUAUCCGAAAAAAAACUGGCUUAUAAUACCAAACGUUUGGCACACAGCUCAACCGUUUUAUUUGCUAUUUCGCUAUAUCACACUGCCCGCUGCUUCACUUGGUUAUUUUGUUGUAGGUGGUUUUUGACUAUUUAUAUGUAAGCGUCGUGACUGGUGAAAAAAAGAUACGCGUUUGAUAAGGCUAAACGUUGGUUUUCAAGCUUGAUUCUUCGGGCGCACCUAACUUCGAUACAAGCUUUUGAAACAGACCUGCCGAUCGGUGUUUUGCCAUACGCGAAAGAAAUACUACAAACAGUGUAGGCUUGGGUGUCAAAACCGUGAACGCAGUCUACGCGUCCUACACCGAACAGCUUUCUUUACACAUGCAACACGCACGUGCGCAGUAUAUCCGGGGCAUAAAAGGCUAACGCGCGUUGUUAAGUAAGUCAACUUUUAGGCUACGGGAAAAUGCAAAAGUUUUACAUAACUAACCAGUUAUUCGUUUGUUCAUUUGUGGUAUUAACAUUCACUACUAGCGUGACUGGUGACUGGUUUGCACGUGCACAGCCGCGAGUCGAAGCGGACAAACAUGCAGAGUGACAAGCGACACGCGCUCGGUUUGAUGCACUGAAACAAGCGCCACCCAAAGCCUCCGUUUGUGCACAUACAUACACACACGCGCGCGCGCGCACACACACAGACACACACACGCGCACACACAUCCCAACUUCAUUAGAUAUGGUCUGACGUGAAAGGAAUUCAACAAAGAAUAUAUCCAAAAAGCAACACCAAGAACGAAGAUGUUCUGAGGAGAAACGCUUUGGACGUACCGUCAAGGGGGUCAUUGGGUUGAGACCCCUUCGCACCAAGUCCAGCAUCAAGUAGAAACGGAUAUAUACGAGGAUACCGUUACGGAUUUGUCUGGAAACUAAUCGCAUCUCCUGUCAUCUCUAGAGCACGCUCGCUCUCGCAGAAAGAGCUUAGCCAACGUGAAGCAGCCGAGCAUGGAGACCCCUCCCUCUGCCCCCCCUCAGCCUUUCCGACAGCCUAGCUUCCUCAGUAGACGGUUGAAGGGGUCCAUCAAGCGAGCGAAGAGCCAGCCCAAACUGGAGCGAACCAGCAGCUUCCGCCACAUGAUUCUGCCCCGGUUCCGCAGCGCUGAUCAGGAGAGGACUCGCCUGAUGCAGAGCUUCAAGGAGUCGCACUCCCAUGAGUCCUUGCUCUCUCCCAGCAGUGCGGCUGAGGCCCUGGACCUCACGCUGGACGAGGACGCCAUCAUCAAACCCGUGCACUCCAGCAUCCUGGGACAGGAGUACUGCUUUGAGGUGACCACGGCCUCGGGGACGAAGUGCUUCGCCUGCCGCUCAGCAGCCGAGAGGGACAAAUGGAUCGAGAAUCUGCAGAGAGCCAUCAAACCCAACAAGGACAACAGCCGGCGGGUGGACAACGUGCUGAAGCUGUGGAUCAUCGAGGCGCGAGAGCUUCCCGCCAAGAAGCGGUACUACUGCGAGCUGUGCCUGGACGACAUGCUGUACGCGCGCACCACCAGCAAGCCCCGCACGGACACCGUGUUCUGGGGCGAGCACUUCGAGUUCAACAACCUCCCGGCCGUGCGCAGCCUCCGCCUGCACCUGUACAAGGAGACCGACAAGAAGCGCCGCAAGGAGAAGAGCACCUACCUGGGCCUGGUGAGCAUCCCCAUCUCCAGCAUCACGGGGCGGCAGUUCGUGGAGCAGUGGUACCCGGUCAUCCAGCCCAGCGUCCUGGCCAAGGGGGGCGGCGUGGGGAGCGGCAAAGCCAUCAACGCCUCGCUGCGGCUCAAGUCGCGCUACCAGACCAUGAGCAUCCUGCCCAUGGAGCUGUACAAGGAGUUCGCCGAGUACGUCACCAACAACUACCGCACGCUGUGCGGCGUCCUGGAGCCGCUGCUGAGCGUCAAGAGCAAGGAGGAGGUGGCCUGCGCCCUGGUGCACAUCCUGCAGAGCACCGGCAAGGCCAAGGACUUCCUGUCAGACAUGGCCAUGAGUGAGGUGGACAGGUUCAUGGACAGAGAGCACCUGAUCUUCCGCGAGAACACUCUGGCCACCAAAGCCAUAGAAGAGUACCUCAAGCUUAUUGGACACAAGUACCUCAAGGACGCCAUAGGGGAGUUCAUCCGGGCCCUGUACGAGUCUGAGGAAAACUGUGAGGUGGACCCCAUGAGGACCCCGCCCUCCGUGCUGCCGGACCAUCAGGCCAAUCUCCGCAUGUGUUGCGAGCUGGCGCUCUGCAAGAUCGUCAACUCCCAUUGUGUGUUUCCGCGGGAGCUGAAGGAGGUCUUCGCCUCCUGGAGGGUGCGCUGUGCGGAGCGGGGGCGAGAGGACAUCGCGGACCGCCUGAUCAGCGCCUCCCUGUUCCUGCGCUUCCUCUGCCCCGCCAUCAUGUCCCCCUCGCUCUUCAACCUGACGCAGGAGUACCCCGACGAGCAGACCUCCCGCACCCUCACCCUCAUCGCCAAGGUGGUGCAGAACCUGGCCAACAUGUCCAAGUUUAUGAGUAAAGACGAUCACAUGAGCUUCAUGAAUGAGUUCCUGGAGAUGGAGUGGGGUUCCAUGCAGCAGUUCCUGUACGAGAUCUCCAACCUGGACAGCGUCAGCAACGCCGGCAGCUUCGAGGGCUACAUCGACCUGGGCCGGGAGCUGUCUAUCCUGCACAGCCUCCUCUGGGAGGUCAUGGCCCAGCUCAGCAAGGAUGCCAUAAUUAAGCUGGGCCCGUUGCCGCGGCUCCUGAAUGACAUCAGCAUGGCCCUGCGGAACCCCCACCUGCAGCGCCAGCCCAGCCACCAGACGGACAGGCCCCCGCCCGAGAGACAGGUGGACCGGCUGCUCACCCGCCCGAACUUCAACCGGGUCGUCUCCUCGGACUUCCAGAGCCUCAUGAUGCGCGACCUGAACAGCUCCAUAGACGUCUCCCGCCUGCCCUCCCCCACCUCCGGGCUCUCCGGAGGGGGGGUCAUGUCCUCGCACCCGGGCCUGUCGGGUUUUUCGGAGCGGGACCUCGCCCACCGCGCCUCCAAAGACGUGUUCUACGUGACCCGCCCGCCGCUGGCCCGCUCCAGCCCCGCCUACUGCACCAGCAGCUCUGACAUCACCGAACCGGACCCAAAGGUGCUGAGCGUGAAUAAGAGCGUGUCCAUGAUGGAUCUGCAGGACUCGCGCAUGAACAGCAUCUCCAACCUGCAGUCCGUGGGCGACAUGCUCAACUCCUCCCAGGCCUCCAUCGCGGGCCUGGGCAGCUUCGGGGGCCUGGGGGGCCCGCUGCGGGCCGGGGGCCGGCUCUCGGCCGGCUCGGGGGGCUCCAGCAUGUCGGGGGGGCUGCGCCUGGGCCAGAUGGGGGGCGGGACGGACUCGCUGUCCCAGCAGCAGCAGCAGCAGGCGGCAGCCAUGCACUACCCGCUGUCCUUCCAGAACCCCCUCUUCCACCUGGCCAGCGACGGGCCCCAGCUGCACCCCCAGCUGCACCCCCAGGGCGGGGGCCGCGGCCAGCCGCCCCCGCCGCUCCUGCUGGCCCCCGAGCCCGACCCCUCCCACCCCGCCUACGUGCCGCCGUUCGGGCACGGCGGGUUCUCCCGCAGCGAGGACCUGUCCGCCCUGCGGCCCCCCGCCAGCCUGGUGCAGCCCAGCAUCAUCCACUCCCACAGCUACAGCGACGACUACACCCGCCAGAACCAGGCCGACUACGGCCGCCGACAGCUCUCCCUGCAGGUGCAGGAAAACAUGCAGCAGCAGCAGAUGAUGAUGAUGGGCAUGUCUCCGCAGACAGGCGCCUCCCCUUCCUCGGUGGCCACGCCCCCCUCCACUGUCCACCCCAACCGGCAGGGCUCCAUCGCCCCGCCCCCUUCCCAGCGCUCUAAGUCUCAGGCUGCCCACCAGCUGUCCGCCAGCUCCGCCGCCAGCUCCACCCCUCCGACUAAGCCCCGCCCCCAGAGCGGGAACCUCCUCCAGUCGCCCGAGUCCAGCUUCGGGGGCCGGCAGCCGGCGCCGCGGCAGCAGCUGUCCGUCAAGGACAGCCCCGCCCCCGGCUUGCCGCACCAGCAGAGCUCGACCAGGGAGCCGCAGGGGUCCCAGGGGCCACAAGGGGGCUCCACCCAGAACACGCCCCAGUCACAGCCCUCCCAACAGCCAACGCCACAGCAACAACAGCAGCAGCAGCAGCAGCAGCAGCAGCAGCAGCAGCAACAACAGCAACAGCAACAGCAACAGCAACAGCAACAGCAACAGCAGCAACAACAGCAGCAACAACAACAGCAGCAACCACAGCCGCAGCAACAACAGCAGCAGCAGCCGCAGCAACAGCAGCCUGCGCAGCAGCACCUGCUCAAACCCACCGCAGCCAAGCAGGGCUCCUCCCCCUCCACCCUGAACCCGCCCACGGCGGCUAACGAGCGGACCGUGGCGUGGGUGUCGAACAUGCCCCACCUCUCGGCGGACAUCGAGAGCUGCCGCCCGGACCGCGAGGACUUCAAGCUGAAGGAGUACUCCAAGAGCAUGGACGAGUCGCGGCUGGACAGGGUGCGGGAGUACGAGGAGGAGAUCCACUCCCUGAAGGAGCGUCUGAUGAUGUCACACCGGAAGCUGGACGAGUACGAGCGGCGCCUGAUGAGUCAGGAGCAGCAGACCAGCAAGAUCCUGCUGCAGUACCAGAACCGGCUGGAGGACAGCGAGCGCAGGCUCCGCCAGCAGCAGGUGGAGAAGGACUCCCAGAUCAAAGGGAUAAUCAACAGGCUAAUGGCUGUGGAAGACGAGCUCAGAGGGAGUGGCAUGCCUGAAAUCAAGCCCAGAAUGUUCGCUGAUCAGGAAGAACAGUAUUCCUCCCUGGGUCCAGCAGACCCCAGUGUGAUGUGUGGAGGAGUCGGAGAGGGAGGAGGGGAGGGCGUGGCGGCCGGAUCGGGCGUCUCCUCCACCAGCUCCCCCUGGAACGGGGCUCUCCCUCCCCUCCCCCCUCCCCGCCUGCAUCUCAAUCAGAACGGAGAGCUCCGCGGCAACCAAGGGCCCUCCAUGGCGACUGGAACCUCGGCAACGGCAGCAUCAGGACCGGCUGUGGCAGGAGGGGCAGUGGCUCAAUAGCGCCACCCGAUGGGGGAGACGAAUCACGCAGAAAAAAACAAAAAAAACAACUUCAAGAUUUCCUGCCGAACCCUCCGCCCCGCCAUCCAGAAAAUCGCAUCUUUUUCCCGUGGAGACAGAAAAACAAUCACGUUCUUUACUGCCAAAGACAGAGAGAGGGGAGACUUGAGAGGGGGAAGCACACUCCACACACACAUUAUACGCACAUAUCUCAAAAGGGCUUUUAAAAAAAACACCUGUUCCCAACACUUGUUUUUUUCUUUUCUUUCGAAUGGUCAGAUGGGCUCUGCUCAGUGUCUAAGUUGAGGGACGGGAAGGUGGACCCUUCAUUGUGACUUAAUUAGGUAGAUUUCCUGGCGUACUCCCAUCAGUCACCAGUGAUGAUUUAGGGAAAAUGCAGCACCCUCCCGCCAACUACACAAAAAGGGUAGACAGCACGCUUUUGCGAGUUUUACUUGCCUCCAACUAGGCUUACGUCUCAAACGGGACUGGGCAGUUAAGUCAUUCCACGGUCAUUCCAAACAGUCGGAAAAGUGCAUACAUUUCCCAUAAUUCCCUGGGCACAGGAGGGACUGCCCAUUUCCUGUCCCGCUCAGGGAAGCUCUGGAAUUCCAUUGGCCGGUGACGUGGUCACAUGGUUUGGCUCUCUCAGUGCCUUUGAGUAUCUUAAAGAACAAGCUGGGACAGUGGGUGCAUUUCUUAACUAUUUACAGCAGGGGGCGCUGCCCUGGUCAGUGUCCCCCCCAUGACACACUGAUCCGCCACUACCUAGUGCUUUCAUGGCCCCUAUAUAGUAAUAUCAAAUGCAUGUUCAAAAGUGCAAUAUAUGUUGAAAUGCUAUGAAAGGAAAUAUAUCUUUAACGUAUGUCAAAAAAGUACUGCAUAUAUUAGAAAACAUGUAUUAUGACCACUUCUGCAUCUGUUGCAGAAUUUGUGAUGAAAUUGCUAGCAUCCUAAAAUGUAAUUUUGCAAACUGCACAUAUAUAAACAUAUAGCCAUAAAGUAUAUAUUUUGUAAUAUAUGCAAUAUAUAUAUUGGCAUGCAUUUAAAAAAUAUCUAUCCCAUGUUCUUACCUUAUAUUUUACUCUAUAAUUGACAUUACAUAUAAUUUUCAAGGGCAAAUAGCUGAGUUUUUAAGGGUUCUGUGUGAUGUUCUUACAGUAAUUAAUAUAGACUGGACUGGACUCUACCAGUCUGGACUCUACUGGACUGGACUGGACUCUACCAGACUGGACUCUACUGGACUGGACUGGACUCUACUGGACUGGACUGGACUGGACUGGACUCUACUGGGCCGGACAUGAGCAAAGCUUUCUCUUCUCAGUGUCAGAACCAAGGCUGGUCUAACAUGUGAACACCAUGUUUUUCCCCCAAAAAAUGUAGAUCUGUUUCAUGUGUCCUCACUAUCUAUGUGGGUACAUUCAUCUGUGUGCACGUGUGCGCGGGUGUGUGUGUGUUUGUGUGUGUGUGUGUGAGACAGAGAGAGAGGGAGUUUGAAUGGCUGAUUUAACCAAACCUCAGUGAAGUUUCAGGGCUUGGGGGAAGUCUUGGCGUGCGGCUGGCCACAAUGAGGCGGUUUCGUGACCAGGGAGGCACAGAGAAGACAGGCUGAGAAUGAGAAAGGUUUGAGAGAAUGAGAAAGGUUUUCAAUGGCAGGGGAACUCGGGAUCCACAUGGACUCGGCUCCGGGAGAUCUGCAGUGGAUGGGAAAAGCCAGGACGAGUGAAGUUUGGGUCACAACCCUCAUGAUGGAACCCCCCCCCCCCCCCCAGUGCUGUUAUCAGCAGCAGGUGAAGCCUGGAUGGAAGGUGUCAGGUCCAGACGAGGUAGUCGCGCACGUCAGGCGUUUGGAGCGGAUGUUGCAACAUCACUCUGCUGGUUUGUGCUGAAUGCAGUGUCGGCCAUUCCUUAGGGUUCCCUCACCUAUAGGACAGGUAAAAAGACAAAGAGGUACUAAAAUGGUGGAUGCGCCAUUCUCUAUACUGGCAGCCAUGCAUUGUUGACCCAGAUUAACUCGUUUUAAAAAAAAAAAAACUUUUUUUUGUGUGUGUGUAGAAUUACAACGUGAUUAGAAUGCUCUUUACCAAACUUUCUAAUGCUGAUGUCACAAUCACUACUGGUAAUUGAAAGAAACAGAGUUCUAGAACAAGCACUUGGAAUUUUGAAGAAAAAAAAACCUACUCUUCAAAGAGGCGUAGAACUGCUUAGCCAGAGCCAGAAUAACAAUAUUGACAAGUUCUUCUGGGAAUUGUGGAGUUGUUGAGGGUUCUUUUGUUAUUCUGAUCAGCGGCCUUAUUUGAGAUUUUCUUAAACAAAAAAAUUCAUCAAUUAUUAUUAUUUUUUUAACAGCAAUUAAAAGUUAAUGUGAUGCGAUUGCAGGGAAGGAUGACUCUCCUCAAGUAUAGCGGAUUGCUAAAUCACUAGUUGAGACAACCGGUGAUUAAUAACCGAAGACAGUGUAAAAUCAUUCUGAUAUUUCUUUUUAAAGAAGGAGAAUUUGCGUACCCUUGCAUAAUUAAUUAAAGACUUCAAAAUUCAGUGAUGAAGAUCCACAGUGACGGAAGGCUCAGACACGAGUGGUUGCCUUUCACUGUCGGAGCAGGAGGGGGCAGAAACAGGCAUGGCUUGGGUUGGGUUCAGGAGGUCAAUGCCAUGACCAGUGCAGUACCCCCAGCUAACACAAAGCGUCCUCACAACGUUGCUGCCAUGCCACGGCAAUGUCACAACACCCCGAUGACCUUGUGAGGACCUUGUUUGUGCUAGCUGGUCGAUCGGGACGCUGCACAGGAUGUGCAGUGUGUGACUGUGUCCUACGAAGCCCGGUGUGGGCCUGGAACACAGCCUGUGGGCCUGGAACACGUUUGAAACGCUUCGGCGGUAAAAUAAAAAUGGCUCCCUCCCAGACUAGAUCCCUGAGGAUUUUCUGGGAGGCUCCUUGUCAGCCGUUUAAAAAAAAAUGUAAAAAAAAAAAAACAUACCGUCAUACAGAAUAAGAACUUUUGUUUCCUCGUAUUUCGUGAUAGCGAAUGAUUUGUUUUAAUGUGUCCCUAAUCUGCGGGGGGGGUUUUUUUCUUUGCCGGUGCCUGAAGAGUUGAGAUAUUUCAGACAGGUUGUUGGACACGGGAGCGCAGAGCAGAGGUGCCUCACCACGUUGGGUUCAGAAAGGCUGUGUGGUGAGAGCGCUAGGGUGCGGUUUUACUGCUCACGUUCUCCACGGUUUGUGUUUUUCGCUGUUCCUCGAUUCUCCCUCCGUGUCCCAGUGUACGCGUGUUUGUGUCCUGUCUUGUGUGUAAGUGCGUAGAUUUAACAGAUUUAAUGACAAUAAUGCAACGAAAAGCCCCGUAAGUUUUCAUUUUUACGUUUAAAAAAAAAAACAAAAAACAUCUGAGAGUUGAAUUUAUAUUUGAAAAGGAUAAAAACUGGACAGAUUAUUUUUUUAACAAAGAUGGCAAAGAUGACUAGAAAGAUUUAUAAAGAUUUUAGAUGUUUAAUAGAAUAUAUUUCACUUUAUUGCACUGUUGACGCAAAACUCAAACCUGAGGCUUAUCCUGAGCAGUUAGCUUUCAUAGCUGACUCGAGCCCAAUUACUGUAUAUGGAUAUUUGUAGAUAUUUAUGGAUCAUGGAGCAAUUAAGAAAUGCCUUAUUCAUAAUUGUUGGACAAUCAGUUUUAAAUAAGCCAGCGAUGCUAGUGUUAGGCAGACGUAUUAUUCUGAGGUAGCUAUAUAUCUCUAACCUCAUUUAUUCUCAUAUGACCUACCUAACUCACACGCCUAUAUCCAUCUAGGUAAUAGUAAUCAGUUAGCUAUGGUUGCUAACGAGACAUUAGCCGCCACGUUUUCUAGAAGAAUGUCUCGCCCCAUUAACCACUCGUCACAGUUCUAACUGGCUAGCUAGUCAAGCAGCUGUCUGGAGAAGCACAAAGCAUAUUCAUAUCAGAUAUUCAUUACAGUAUUUAUUUUUUUAUCAUUCAGUAAAAAUAUCUUGCUUGAUUGUAGGCCAUCUUGUCUUUUGAUAAUUUGAUGCCAUAUAAAGCGUAUUUAAUAGUGAUUUUUAAAUCAUGUAAUGCAUGUACACAUGCCAGUCCUACUAGUUAUGCCGGAAGAAGAAAGGGACUGACUUUACUGAAAUACCUUUCUGUACUUCUUUUAGGAUAAAACUCAUAUUACAUGAAAAAAAAAAAAGAAUUCAGACCUAAUAGCUGAUAAUAUAAAACAAAGACUGUUGAGAGCACUUUAACACUCUAAUGACCUGGACAGUGACUUACUGUGAAGCAAACACCAUUUUCUUUUACAUCACAGAAUAAUUUUAAGUUGACUCAGUUCUUCAUUGUGUUGUGUUGAGUUAGUUCUUCAUUGUGUUGCGUUGACUUAGUUCUUCAUUGUGUUGUGUUGAGUUAGUUCUUCAUUGUGUUGUGUUGACUUAGUUCUUCAUUGUGUUGUGUUGAGUUAGUUCUUCAUUGUGUUGUGUUGACUUAGUUCUUCAUUGUGUUGUGUUGACUUAGUUCUUCAUUGUGUUGUGUUGACUUAGUUCUUCAUUGUGUUGUGUUGAGUUAGUUCUUCAUUGUGUUGUGUUGACUUAGUUCUUCUCGUCUCCGAACUUGUGAUCCGAUCAGGAUGUUUUUUUUGCUUUUUGAGUUCAUGACUGACUAAACGGACAGUAAUGCCGCCCACCUGAUGCUAGACAUACAUAAGGGAACUGGUUCCAGCGCAGGGAACGCGGAUUACCCUGCAAGAUUUGUUGUUCACCACCAGACUCCCGUGUUUUUAUAGUGGCGUAGGCCAGCUCAGUGAAGAAGACCUUGUUUAGGAGACUGUCCAAAAAUGGCUAUACAUUAAUGCUACCUUAGCACAGAAAAUGCUUUAACUUUGCAAAGUACUUUGGCUCUGAGUGAAAAGGUUACAUUACAGGGUACAAGAGUUUCCACAAACAAUAAAUAUGAACUCUGUGUGAUUUUGUCAUCCGCAAUGAACAGGAGCAUGGGUCCACAGUUUCAACGAUUGUAACUUACUCAUUGUUAUUAAUAUACCUCAGAUGCAGAAUUGAGAGACUCAGGUAAACAAGUAGUUGCCUCAGAGCUAAAUACAAACUGACUACAACAUUAGGCCACACUGACUUAUACACACACUGGGUGACUACCAUUGGACAGUCAGUCUGUCUAUCACAGGAUCAGUAGCCAUGAUUGGGCACCAUUUCAACAAACACCUCCCCCCCUCUUUCUGUCUCCCUUUUUUCUCCCCUCAGCCAAUCACACAGCAUCGUGGGGGCCACUCUGGAACCUGAUUGGCUGAUGCAGUGCAGGCAGACUCCCAACUGGCUUGGCCUCCAUGCAGGAGUCCUCUACCGCAAUCCGAUUGGCUGACGGAAGGGGAAGGUGGGGCAAGGCACGAGCGCAGCUCCCAUCCCCACCGAACACUGGAUGCUCCGGCUUCAGUGAUCAACCGUCCCCACCCACCCGACCCACCCACGGCAGGAAGCCACAUCAUUGGAGGAUUCAAAUUGAAGGGGCAGUCCCUCCCUGACUCUCUCUCUCUGAUUGGCAAGACCAUUUUUUGUGUGUGUGCGUGUUUUGACUCUCGUGGUUGCAUAUUCAAUUGGAUAUUUAAGACUAUUGGCCAUUCUCUGCACACGUCGGGGGAGUGGCUCACUGAGCGUGUGAAGAACAGCUUCUCAGAUUGGCUACAGAGUGCAGUGGUCCAUUAAGCAUGUGAAGAACAGCUUCUGUGAUUGGCUACAUGGUGCGAUAGCCAAUAAGGCAUGAGACAAAAGCUCCCCCAGUGGGCAGCGUUGUUCAGCUGUUGUUCUCUUUUGGACGGAGGCAAUAGAACGACUGUAAAUGAAGGAGAGAGAAAGAGCUACAGGGGGUAAGAGGGAUGGAUUUUAAAAGAAAAAAAUUAUUUUCAUUUUCUUUAUCUCCUUCCCAAAUCCAUUUUGUCUAACCAAGAGGUGACUGAGGUCACAUCUUCCUUAUUUUCUCCCUUCUUUUCUCACAAGUUUCCAUCUCUCUUUCUACCCCUCCAGCCCUUUUCUGCUUUCCUCACGCUUAUCUUCCCUUCAUAUCUCUAUCUAUUUAUUUCUUUAUCUCUUAUUUCAUUCCCCCUCUUUUUACUCUCUAACUCUCUUGUCUUUCUUUGAGUGAGGGGGAAACAGACUUGCAAAGACACUAUCCAUUUAAAACAGUCUGGCUUCCCUGAAUCCUGUGGGAGCCAGGGAAGAAAGAUGGACACAUUUAUUAUUUGUUGUUUCUGAUUCCCUUGUUGUAUCUCUUACUGUAAGGACGCUGAAUUAACUUUAGGAUGCUUUUUGGAUAAAAUAUUUAUUCUUCUUGAUGAUGAUGAUAAUAGUAAUAAUAAUAAUAAUGACAACAAUAACAAGGAACUGAAAAAAGUGAGUUCAAAGAUAUAUCUACGUAUGGAAGUUUUUUUUUUUGUUGUUUGUUUCCUUGAAAGAAGCAAGCCGAAGGACUUCUCUUGUGACAAUCGCUAAGGACAUUUGGGAUGUUCUCGUGUUUGUUUUUGAUUUUUUUUUUUUUUGGUGGAAUCUUACCAAGAUUAAUAAAAAAGGGAUUGGUUUUUUUUUUUUUUUUAAUCCGCUCACCACCCACCCCCCAACGAUUUGGACGUUGCAGCAUCACACACUCCUCUUUCCCUCUCCCUUUCCUCCCUCUGUUUAAUCCCUCCAUCUGUCCACUCCAAUGGAGAAACGGAACUCUUUUUUUUUUUUUUUUUAAGAGGUGGUGCAGUGGAGUUGGCGGUGGUGGGGGGGGGGUUGGGAGGGCCCCACUGGGCGCUUUGGUUUGCCUGUGACCGGAGAAGGACGCUACGUGGACGGAUGGGCUCUCCUUUAUUUAUUUAUUUUUUAUACUUUGCUUCUUUUACUCAGAUGUAGUUUUUUUUUCCUGUUGCUUUUAUUGUGCCCCCUAGUGGAUGGAAGGGGCGUGGCCAUAGGGCAGUUCUUUGCUGAAGUGGUGUGGAGGGGGGGCGGGAGGGGGGCGGGGGGCAGCGUAGACCCCGGACUUUCAGCAGCUGUUGGGCUUGCUCAGCCACCUCUUCCUCCUGUACUUUCUUCCUCUUCCUCCUGCUGUGGAGCUCGCGAGCAGGAAGAGAGAGAGAAAUUGUCGUUUGAGUUUUUUGUGUUUUUAACGAGCAAGCGAAUGCGUGUGCUUGGCGUGCGUGUGUCUUCAGUGUAUAUACGGGACGUGUGUGUGUGUGUGUGUGUGUACAUAUUAAUGGCGUGUGCAGUCUAAGUGUGUAUAUACAGUGUGUGUGGUCUCCUCUUCAUUUCUCACUUUGUGUGUGUGUGUGCGCACGUGUGCGUGUGUGCAGUCUUUUGUGUAUAUACAGGAUGUGUGUGUACAUAUUGAUGAUGGGUGAUGUCUUAUGUAUGUACAUACAGUGUGUGUGUGUUUUUCUCUACUCCUCCUCUUGCUGCGUGUGUGUGUGUGUGUGUAUGAGUGUGUGUGUGAGUGUUUCUUAAUAAACAGGGUGAACUGUGAGACUCCAACACUGCAGGGACACAGAGACACUCGGCGAUGGGGACACAGACCCUCAUGGAGCCGUCCUGGAGACUCACAGAGACAGAGGCCACACAAGCAGACUGACUGCCUCUUACCCACACACACACACACACAUAACACACACACACACUGGGUCUGAACCCUACGCACACACAUACUCUCUCUCGCACAGACACAUACACACUCUCUCUCUCACACACACACACACAUACACACUCUCUCUCUCACGCAUGCACACACACACAUACACACAUAGUCACGCACGCGCGCACACACAAAAACACGGUCACCUGCACACAUACAUACACACACACACUGUAUACAAACAUACACACACACACAAGCAUGUAUACAUCCGAGCAUACACCCAUACAUACACACACAAACACUCACAUGCACGCACACACACCUAUGCACAUGGUGCACAUAAACAAACUGUACAGACACACAAACACACAUACAUCCAUGCAUACACCCAUACAUACACACUCAUGCACUCACACACACACACACCUAUGCACAUGGUGCACACACACUUCAUUUUUUCUAUUGUUUCUCCUUCACUCGUUCGCUGAGGGGAGUGAAUUUUAGAGGGUUAUGCUCUUGUAUAUAGGUUUUAAAGUCAUUGUCAUUGCAGUCAUCCAAUUCCUGUUAUUAUUAAUUCUUCCUUUUAGGUACAGCUACGCACAGCACAUACACAUGCACACACA